AUGAAUAAAAGUCAGCGUUUGUUCUUAAAUCCGAACACACUUCUGCAGGCAGAGAAAGUAAAGGGAACUAGGGAAUAUUUUACCAUUGAAUGGUCUCUAAAGGAUGGAUCGUCUGGGGAUUUAGAUGAAUUGGCAAAGACGUUGGCUGCAGAAUUCAGAACUCAUUACAACGAUGUCUUGGAAAAAAUGGAAGAACUGAGGAAAAGAAAGUUUUCCAAAGAUUUUCAAAACAGUCAGACAAAAAUAGAUGAGAUGAAUGAGGAUUUACAGAAUGCUUGCAGUCCGCCAAGCACAACCUCUUCAAGGAAGGAUUCAGAUUCACCAGUUUCACCGCAAUGUGUUCAAAGAAAGUAUUCGUUUUUCUCACUGUUUGGCCGAAAAGCGAGGAGUCAAUCCCAACCACAGGGCCAAAAAGAUACGUUCCGUGCAAUGGAGAGUACAAUGUCAGAGGCUGAAAUCCUGAGGCUCAUCACAGAGGUCAAGGAAGGCAGACUAUCCCAAAAUGACGCAUGGGAAAAGAUGAAGGCCCAUGAAGGAAGAAAGAAAACAGCUGAGGACUUGAGGAGCAGCAGCAUUUCAUCAGAUGAAAUAGAUUGCCAGAGUCCGCACAAGAUUGGCAAAGAAAAGAAGAACAAAAAUGAAGAGCCUGGUUUUAUUCUAUUAAAUCAAGAUUUUUUCCGUGGCACUGUAGAACAUGAAUAUGCCGAGCCUCCAAUCAAUGAAUAUGUAACUCGUAUCUACACUGAAAUACAGCCUAACAGUGGUGGUCAGAAUGGUUACCCUUUCACCUCCAACACUGUGAACAGCUCACCAGCUAACACUGACGAUAGUUUUUCGUCCGCUUUUGAAAUUCUUGAUCUGAAUUCAGAUGUUCAGGACUCUUACCGCACAUGGACAUCGAGUGCCAUACGUUCAGAGCGUGUUGGGAUGCAUGCAGACUCGCCUUCUGCUAAGGAGUCUUUGAAUCAUAGAAGAGCAAAGUCAACUUCAAGUGGUGUCCUGGAGAAGUCACCAGGAUAUGACCAAAAGUUUAAUAGUAAACCAUCGCGCUCUAUGAGAACACAGAGAAGUUUGGAUGAAUGUUCCUCAAGUAAAGCAAAGUCUUCUGGAAUUGAGCAUCAUAAGUCAGCAAGUGUGUUGAAGAAGAUAAAAAAGAAAAUAUCAAACAGUACAAUGAAGCAAACUGAGAAUCAUAGAAAUGGUCUGAGUGACAAACAAGGAUCACAUGAGAGUCUGUUGAGCUCAACGAGUGGAAGCAGUAACAGCAGUGUCACAGCAUCAGUUCAUGAUAGCAAAUUGUUACCAAUCUCAUCAUCACCUGAUGAGGAUGAUGAGGAGUUGUCAGAGUACACAGAUGAUAUCAUCCAUAUUAUCAGCAAACCUCCAAACGGCAACUGGCUUGGAAUGCUGGAUAACAAGGUUGGCACGUUCAAGUUCAUCUAUGUCCAAAUCAUCGAGGAAAAGCCAGUGAGGGAAAAACGCAAGGAAAGGGAAAGGAGAGGAAGAAAUGAACAAUUUACACAGCCAAUCAGUGUUGAGUCUGUUUUAAAGAAGAUCAAUUGUGAUCAAUACUUGACCACGUUCCAGUUGAAUGGCUAUGAAAGUGUGGAUUUGUUUAAGAAUCUUGACAAAGAGGAUUUGAACCAGCUGAAUAUUGUGGACUGCGUUGACCAGGUCAAGAUCCUGACGGCUGUCAACUUACUGCAAGACUCAGACGAACUGAACAACAUUUUUCUUGAAGGUUUGCAGGAUGAAGAAAGGUUAACCAUUGCAGCUACUGAUGCUAGACACAAGCAUCCAGCGGCCAGUGGAUUCAUUCAUCAACCACCAUCACUCCCAAAUUUGUCAGGUUUUCCAGCGCGAGAUUCUGGCUGCUAUGCCAGUACGGAAAACCUGAUGAAUAACAACCGAGACCACACUGGUACUAGAGAACAAAAUAUAUCUGUGAUUAACAACUCUGGGGGAACUUGGCCCAGACCAGCAAAAAAGGAACUCCUUGCCUCGUCUGAAGAGAACCAGUCUGAUUCCACCAGAAGCUCUCCAAAGACUUCAGAAACUUCUGAUGAUUAUGAUUGUUCCAAUUUAAUUGAAAACAGCACAGACUCUGCACAUUCCGAGAGGAGUCUACGUGAAAGUGCCAACAAGGAAGACAGUAAUAGUAACUGUAAGACAAUUGCCCGAAACCUCAACAGAGAACUUCCGGAGAAAGAUUUGAACAUGUUCAAAGACAUUUCCACAGGGAAAUCUGAGAACGGUGCAUACUUCAACAGCGAUGAUGAACCCAGAGAUGAGGGGGUGAACCAAUCAAAACAACCAUCGGUCACCGAGCUUCUCCAACUUUAUGACUCGGCUGCGAGGACAACAAUAAGUCCGACAUCAAGUCCAGCAAUUACCCCCGGAACUUUGCGGAAAAAUAAUUUACUUCGUAUCAACACGCUUGGUACUGAUAAAGGACCAACUGAAAUACAAUCAACAACUAGCGCCCAUGAAUGUGCUCUUUCAUAUAGGACAUCAACACCGCCCCCUAACAAAAAAGAACAGGUUAUUAGAAGUACAGGUGUAGCACUUGAAGCAGAUUUUAUUGAACCACUUACGGAACCAAAUGAUUUUGGUCGCAAUUGCCCGUCAUCUAAGAAAAACAAGUCUUAUAAAGUUAAACUGUCUCAUUUAAAAUUAGAUUCUAAAACAUCCUCUAGAGCAUUAUUAUCUGACGACGAAGAGUCAAAUCCGUCACCAGCGCUACCGAUACAUCCGGCCAGGAGACCACGUCCACAGGUUUCAUCUUUGGAUGUGUUGCUGCGCCAGAGGUUAGAAGAUGAUAUGAUAGAUUUGGCGCAAGAACCAUACACGGAUAGGGUCGGUGUUUGCGGAAUUCCAUCAGCUUUAGUUCAACGUUACGCGGAAGAAUUAAAACAUCCAUUAGUGGAGGUAGCUGAAGGAUUGGAGAGAAUCCGAAUAAUUCAUCUGAGGGACAUUGGAAAGAUGGGGAUAUUUUGUGAAAAUUUAGCAAUGAAUGCUAAAGUAGUGGUCAAGUCUGGGAGUGGCGUGACAGUACCAGAGUGGUUGAUUUCGUUGGGUCUACCAAUGUAUACUAGACCUUUCAUGGACCAUGGCUGGGAUGAACUGCACAUUGUUAUCAAUAUGGACGUGGAUGAUUUGAAGACGUGUGGUGUGAAUGAUCCUAGGCAUAUACGAAGACUCAAAUCAGCGUUAGAACAGAUGCGAGUUCAAGAUUCUAGGAACUUUUGACUUUUUCAAAGUGGUGCUUGCUGAAACUGCACCGCCAAAAUUUUAUUUUUCUGUUCGUGAUGGAUGAAUUAGCGGAAGAUAGUAACAAUAAUACACAUUGAAAGAAUUUACACAAAGGUGGAAUGCUGAAUAUUCCAAGCCUUUUGAAUGUUUUGAUUAGCGGUAAAUUAUUCACUCUGAUUUCACUCAAACAUAUCCAUACUGUCGGAUUUCAUCAUUCAGAAAAGGUGCCUUGCCGUCAGCAAUGGAUUACUGAUGUGGCUUGGCGGUUUAAUCAUUAUUUAUUUAUAUAUAUUUGCUUUGAAUCACAUUGUCUCACAAGUUUAGCUUAUUAUAGUAAUCUCAUGGAGUCAAUUAUCCUAUAGUAUUUUCAUUGAAAACCCCCAAAUACAAUUGACUUAGAAAAUCUGGUGCAACUUUUGUUUGAUAUAUUUUAAAGAAUGAAUUUAAGUCUAUUGCAGGAUAAUAGCUUUUUUAUGAUUAUUAUUAUUUUGGGGUUUGUUUAUUAUAUGUUUAUUUUGUAUUAUAAUAUAUUUAUACAAUAUUUUAGAUCAUAUUAUUCAUUUCAAUGUAAAAAAUAAAAAUUACAAAACCAAACAUUCCAUUUAAAUUUUUAAUUAUAUUAUUUCCAAUUUCUAAACAAGUUGAAUUGAUGUCAACUUGGUUAUCUUUUUAUUAAUUAAACAGUGUGUACCUACUCAUGUCAUAUAUUUCCAUUUUUAUCAAAUGAGUUUCUAGUUUUCACCGACAAACUCUCAGAAAUCAAGAGGGCAAGUUAUACCGCGAAUGAUAAGAUACAAUUUCUCAAAUAAUAAAAUCACAAUAUAUACAGUAUCCGAUUUCAAAAAAUGUAUUUAAUAGGAUUAAUAUAGCGCACAUAUCCAUUUCAGAAAGUACUGCUAAAGGCGCUUUUUUUCCCCUGGUCAUUGGAUACAGAAUCAAUUAUACACAAUGCGCAACCUCAUCCGCUCCCUGGGGAGUAUUCCUAGUUUAUGCAUGUAAUUCUGCACUACCAAUUUCAUUUUAAAUCAUUCACCUCCUCUACCCUCUACCUUAUACUCUUGAGUGAAGAGAGGCAGAUAUAGAUAAAGUGUCUUGCCCAAGAACAUAAGCAGUAUGUCCAGCGUCUCAAGACAACGACCUCAUGAUUGAAAAUCCAAUGCCUUCACCACUGCGAAACACAAAGAUUUUUAAUGGUCAGAGUUAAAAAUGUUGGAUCUGAAAUUGAUGAAGUUGAGUAAUAAAUUACUUUCAAGAGAUGUGGAAUACACAUUUCUAUCAGAUAUUUAUAAAACAAGAAUGAACUAUCAAAAAUAAUCUAUUCAACCAUUUUUUGAUAGACACACAUUUGAUAGUGUGUGCCCAACUAAAUUAAUGUAAAUGUGGUGGAUUUCAUUAAUCCAAUUGUAAUGUGUUUUGUGUGCUAUGUUUCCAUUUAAUCAAAUACUUGAUAUUGGCUUCCAUAUAUGGCUCUGUUUUAAGUGUUAUUUUCAUAAUUUUGCUAUAUUGAAUUUUAAUUUCAUUUUCCUAAUUUAGCGUGUUCACAUCUUGAGUAUAAUCCUUUUUGAUGAAUAUUCUUUGCAUGAUUGCUUUUAUGUAAUGUUUUUCAUUGUAAUGCAAUUUAUUUUGAAAUAUAUAAUAACAUUUAUUGUCAAAUAUCAUAUUUACAAUAAUACAAUAAUUCCACAAAUGAAAAUAUGUCAUUCCUUUGGAUGAAAGGAUGCCUUACAACAAAUAGAUCUCAUGCAUAUCGUGUUGUUUGCCAAUUCGAAUUAACUUAAUCGAAUAGAUUUGAAUCUGAAAACAAAUUCCUAGUUUAGGUUUCAGAACUGUUCUCUUGUACUUUUUUGAAAUGUGAGCGAUGUUGAAGCUUUACUGCCACCUGUUGUAUUUUGUAGUUUUUAGUUCAUCUUAAUGGCAUCCAACUACUGAGUGCUGUCAUUUGAUGACGUUAAUGAAAGAAAAAAUCAAUAAUAAUUGAGAAAGCAAGAAUGUUUAUUAAUGAGAAUAAGUAUAGAUUAAAACAUAUAACGUAAUAUAAACAACAUGUUUCAGAGUAAAGUAAAAUUUUAAUUGCCAGUCCCUGCAAAAUUUCACUAAACAAUAAUAUAAUUUUGAUAUAUGUUAGAAAGAUAUAAUACAUAUGUAUAAUACAAAAUUUCUACUUUGACAGAAUUUAAUUAUUCCUAAACAUGAUAAUGUACUUAGCAUAAUAUUAUUUCCCGGAAAUAAUAUUAUGCUAAGUACAUUAUCAUGUUUAGGAAUAAUUUAAUUAUUCCUAAACAUGAUAUUGUACUUAGCAUAAUAUUAUUUCCUGGAAGCAUCUAACAAUACAAACAAAACAUUUUCAACGUUAAAUGAAAACAGAAUAAACAACAAAUAUAUUAUUUUAAUUUAGUGUGUUCUGAAGAGGAACAUAUUACAUGAAAUUCAACAAACUUUAAUGCUUGAAAUACUGUAGUUAAGCUGAAGCGUUGAAAUUUAAUGUUUUUCUGGGUAAAUACAAAUUAUUUGUAUGCUAUAUUCAUUGUCAAAUUAGAGAAAUAAUAAUGUAAUAGUUUGGCUGCACAGUAUUUCGCCAUUGUAAUUCUUUUAUCUCAAAGUAAUUCUUCUGCAGAAUACAUGGCUUUUACGGGCUUGAACUUCAUUUUAUGUUGCACUCGGUUUGAUCUAUUUUUGUCAUCUUUGAAUUUACUGGAUUUGAUACAUGUCAUUAAUUUGGGAAUAUUGAAAAAAUCGGCAAACACUGAGGCAAUGCAAAACCUUCGCUAUUAUAGACAAUGAAUAAAUUAUUCGGGCCUCAUACAAAAUCAAUUAGGGUGUUACCGUUAUAUUAGAUAUUAUUUUUUGCUGUAGGAUCAAGUGUUACGUCAAUGUCUCACAGCAUUGAGGUAUUCUUGCCUGUAUUUACACAAACCUGUAUUUGGAAUUAAGCGACAGAAAGAUGCUAUUAAGAUUCUGUUCACAUCACGUUAAAUGUUAGAAAUCAUGGUAUUGUGGCGUAGUUACAAUCUUGGUGAAACCCAAUAUGCAUUGUGUAAAUAAAGAAACCAAUACUAUGUUUCUUAAUA